AUGGCCGACCACAACGACGAUCUGCACGCAGAGCAGACGGAGGGCUUCAAGGUCGGUGAGAAGAAGACGCUCGAUGAGUACCAGAAGCUGGACCAGGACGAUGAGGCGCUCAACAAGUGGAAAGCUUCCCUCGGUCUCGGUCAGGGCAAGGACAUCUCCGACCCCAACGACCCCCGCAAGUGCAUCAUCUACUCGCUCGGUCUCGAGGUGGAGGGCCGCCCUGACAUCAUCAUCGACCUGAAGUCACCUGGUGCGCUCGAGGCGCUCGAGAACAAGCCAUUCACCAUCAAGGAGGGGGCUACGUUCCGCAUGAAGGCGCAGUUCAAGGUCCAGCACGAGAUCCUGGCAGGCCUGAAAUACCUGCAGAAGGUCACACGCAUGGGCGUCAGCAACAAGAUGCAGGAGAUGAUGGGCUCCUACGGACCCAGCACAGAAGAGAAGCCCGUCUACGAGAAGAAGUUCGAGCCGGAGACGGCUCCCUCUGGCAUGCUCGGUCGCGGCCACUACACGGCUCUCUCCAAGUUUGUCGACGACGACAACCAGGUCCACCUGCAAUUCAAGUGGUCAUUUGACAUCAAGAAGGACUGGAAAUGA